GUCUGGAAGCCCGUGAGGCUGUGAGCUCUGCUUUCUUUACUCAGGUUUAGGUACAGCCACCAAUAUUUAUCCAUAAAAGAAGGAUUGGGGCAAAGAACAAGCAGUUUUUCACCACCAUGGGUUUGCCUCUUGAUCAAGUGGAAGAAUUGCGUCUCUACCAGCAAACUCUUCUCCAGGACGGACUCAAAGACAUGUUGGACCACAAUAAGUUUCUGGACUGUGUUUUGAAAGUGAAAGGGAAGGAGUUUCCCUGCCACCGGCUGGUGCUGGCAGCCUGCAGCCCCUAUUUCCGGGCCAUGUUCCUCUCAGACAUGGAAGAGAGCAAGAAGAGGGAGGUCAGCUUGGAAGAUGUCGACCCGGACGUCAUGGGCAAGAUCCUGCACUACAUCUACACCUCCGAGCUGGAGAUCACCGAGCAGAACGUGCAGGACAUCUUCUCCGUGGCCAACAUGUUCCAGAUCCCCUCCAUCUUCACCGUGUGCGUGUCCUUCCUGCAGAAGAGGCUCUGCCUCAGCAACUGCCUGGCCAUCUUCCGGCUGGGAUUGAUGCUGGACUGCGCCCGGCUGGCCGUGGCCGCCCGCGAUUUCAUCUGCGACCGCUUCGCGCUGGUCUCCCGGGACGAGGAGUUCUACCAGCUCUCCCCCGACGAGCUGAUUGCCAUCAUCUCCAGCGACUCCCUCAACGUGGAGAAGGAGGAGAGCGUCUUCGAGGUGGUGAUGAAGUGGGUGGGGGCCAAGGAGCGCGAGAGCCGGCAGAAGGCCCUGCCUGUCAUCUUCGAGCGCGUCCGCUUCCGCCUCAUGCCCAGCGACUUCAUCAGGGAGCACGUGGAGAAGCACGCCCUGGUCAAGGCCAGCCCCGAGCUGCUCAAGAAGCUGCAGAUGGUGAAGGAUGCCCAGAAAGGCAAGUUCACCGUGGUGAAGAAGAAGAAAGUGAAGAAGAGCAGUGAAAAUCAAGCAAAGGAGGAUGUUGUCAAUGGAGCAGUGGAUGAAGGGGAGGAUACGGAGGAGGAUGCUCUCCCUGGGAUCUUGAAUGACACCAUGCGCUUUGGGAUGUUCCUCCAGGACCUGAUUUUCAUGGUGAGCGACAGUGGAGCAGUGGCCUAUGACCCCAAUGCCAACGAGUGCUAUUUUGCCUCCCUGUCUACUCAAAUCCCGAAGAACCAUGUCAGUCUGGUGACCAAAGAGAAUCAGAUCUUCAUUGUUGGAGGACUGUACUACAACGAGGACAACAAAGAGGAUCCCAUGAGCUCCUACUUCCUACAGUACGACCACCUGGAUGCAGACUGGCUGGGGAUGCCCCCCCUGCCCUCCCCUCGCUGCCUCUUCGGGCUGGGGGAGGCUGAAAACUCCAUUUUUGUGGUUGGAGGGAAGGAGCUGAAGGAGGGAGAGAAGACCUUGGAUUCAGUGCUGUGCUACGACCGCCUGUCCUUCAAGUGGGGUGAGGCUGAUCCCCUUCCCUACUCAGUCUAUGGCCACGCAGUGGUAUCACAUAAGGACCUUGUCUACGUCAUUGGGGGCAAAGGAAGUGACAAGAAGUGCCUGAAGAAGAUGUGUGUCUACAACCCAGCCAAGUUUGAGUGGAAGGAAAUGGCUCCCAUGAAAACUGCCCGCUCCCUGUUCGGGGCCACCGUGCACAAGGACAAAAUCUACGUGGCAGCUGGUGUCACCGACUCUGGUUUGACCAACUCUGUGGAGGUCUAUGACAUUGCCACCAACAAGUGGGACGCCUUCCCUGAGUUCCCCCAGGAGCGCAGCUCUGCCAGCCUGGUCAGCCUCUCUGGGGUGCUAUACCUGCUCGGGGGCUUCGCCACGGUGGAGACCGAGUCGGGAGAGCUGGUGCCAACGGAGCUCAACGACGUCUGGAGGUAUGACGAGGAGCAGAAGAAGUGGGAAGGCGUUCUCCGGGAGAUCCAGUACGCCUCCGGCGCCACGUUCCUGCCCGUGCGCCUCAACGUCCUGCGCCUCACCAAGAUGUAGUCAGGAGAGAUGGGUCCUCUUUCCACGGGCUGCUGGGGCAAGGAGGGCUGGGGAGAUGCUUCUCAGAGAUGUGGCAUCUAGACACAGCCCAGGACAUUGCAUCUGUGAUUGGUAAUAUUUUGGAUAAGUGGGAAAGAGGGGAGAGUAUCUGGAAAACCUCCCAGGAAAUUGAAGGGGCUCACAAGGUAAUUAAAGAGGGGAUCUGGAGCCUGUAAGGAGCUGGGGAAGACUGAAAAGCACAGAAAAAUUAGUUAUUCCAGUCUCAGGAGACAGGACAAAUAGAUCAUACAUUUUUAAACUUAUUUCUUCAUGUUUUCCCCCAUCUUUUCAACUGCUUUUGGACCCCUCCAACAAACAGGGGAUACAGAAAGUGGGGACCAAGAUGACAUUCCCCAGGGAAAGGCAUCCACAAAGUAUUUCCCAGCCUAAGGUGUCUGUGAGCACAGUGUUCCUUGGAGAGGAGAAGGAAGGGUUAAAGUGGCACAGGAGACACCUGAUAGAAUUUGAUGAGUUCCUGAGUGAAGAGGGCUGUUGGGAUGGGAGAGGCAAAAGAAAAGAUCAUGUGAGCAGCAGAAGCACUUCAGAAGAUGUGAUGAAAAGCAAAUAAUCUCAGUUCUUUGCCUCCAGCUUGACUUUGCAGUGAUGAGAGGCCGGGAGUUGAAUGUCAGGAAAG